AUGGAGCAGAUCACAGACUAUCUCUGCAGGUAUAAAAACUACAACUUUGCUGUUGGUUAUACAACUCCAGAGCACAUCGAUUCACUCCAGAGCUUUGGAAUUCGAGAUAGUGACGUACUCCUCGUCACUUAUCCAAAGUCUGGUACUAUAUGGACUCAACAGAUCAUCAUCUCCAUCUACGAGUUAGACGGGGGUCUGUAUGAAUAUGCAAACAACCUGGAGCAUAUGCCGUGGCUGGAGUACAGGGAGGGUCGAGGAGAUUACGCUGUACGACCCUCUCCACGGCUCUUCACCUCUCACCUCACCCCGGCUCUCCUGCCUCCGGGACUAAAGGACAAGAAGGCAAAGAUUAUCUAUAUGAUGCGAAAUCCAAAGGACAACAUUGUCUCCUAUUACCACUUCAGUAGAAACUGUGGUGACCUGGAGACUCCCAACAGCUUCGAGGACUUCUUAGAGCAGUAUCUGUCAGGCAACGUUGGAGCAUCAUCCUGGUUUGACCACAUCAGGGAGUGGCAUUCUAAGAGAGACCAGUACAACAUCCUCUUCCUCACCUAUGAGGACAUGAUUUUAGACCUGAAGGCGGCAGUAACUAAGAUCUGCACUUUCUUGGAGAAAAACCUGAGUGAAGCAGCCAUUGAACAAGUUGUGGAAAAAGCUACAUUCAAGAACAUGAAGAAAGACUCCAAAGCCAACUACGAGUUUCUGCCAAAAGAUAAGGUGAAGAAAGAUUACAUGCGCAAAGGUAAGAUCGGUGACUGGAAGAACACCUUUACUGUCGCUCAGAGUCAAAGAGUGGAUCAACUCCUGCAGGAGAGACUCGGUGAUAUGUCUCUGAAGUUCAUCUGGGAGUAAGCAGAGUAGCCACACAGACUUUAAAGGUAUCAUGGCAUGAAAAUUUCACUUUAGUUUUUUUUAGUUCCCCCAGCCUGCCUAUUGUCCCCGAGUGGCCUGAAAUGGAGAUGAGUGUUAACCGAGCCCUGGUUAUCCUGCUCUGCCUUUGAGAAAAUGAAAGCUCAGAUCGGCUUAUCUAGCUUAGCAAGGUUACCUCCCCUUUCUCUGCUUUGCCCGCCCAGAGAAUUUGGCCCACCCACGAGAGAGAGAGAGAGACAUCAUGUCUUGCAAACGAGCAAAGCAUAGCAGUAAAUAAAACUAUAAAUCUUAAAAGUGGCGCUUCUGCCCUAAUUAUGCUUUUAAACUAAAGUUUGACUCGGGUACAUUCACAAAAAGACCCUAGCUUGCCUUUUGGCGAGAGUUAUGCUUUAAGUGAUAGCUCCAAGCAAAGCAAACUUGCAAUGAAUGAAUAAUCACACUACCUACUACCUGGCACUGCCUUUACCUCAUUGUUUUUACAUUCAUCUACUACUUCUACCUUGUAUUAGUGUAUUGUAUCCUAUUGUGUUGUAUUGUAGAAUUGGUAACAUUAGGCUAUGCGUAACAACCUGCCCAGGGAGGACAGAUGGAAAUGAGCUCAUUAGCUAACUCUGGGACGUUUACAUUAACUUGGAAUCAGAAAUGUUGAUUUAUGUGCCUUGUAACCGGUAAAUAAA